CGUCAUAAUCAGAGUGCACACAUCUGCAGCAUUCGUCCAGGUGGCAUCGCUAAGAGACAGAAGUCAUUUAUAUUGCCAGAUCUCGGACGUUAUCCACAAAGUAGUCUAGACAGAACACCAUGGAUCAAAUCAAGGGUCCUCUCCAGAAACUGCUGCUAAUGGAUGAAUACAGCGACCUUGAAGACAUUGUCCUCCUCGAGGCAACGUUUGUAGAGCUGGACAAAUGUGGCGAUGCUCUACAGCAGGUCGUGCUGGGCCUGUCUCCAGACCAUCUCCUACUCGGCAGACGAUACAUUCUCAACUGGAAGGAAGAUCCUGCCAUCACCUCUACCGUCGAUGUCGACCUUGCAGUUGACGGGAUGGAGUUAAAGUGGAUCAUUCCUCUCAGAUCAGUAGACAUCUCAACCGUGCCAGAAGACUUUAUCUUGAAAGUGUCCGCAAGACACACUCGAUCCCGCUAUUUCGAGUUAUCCACCGUGCGUGAGGGGAAUUCUAAAUGGGACAACUGGCUGGAUCGGAUCAAGUAUCUCCAGGAUGACCCUUAUGGCUACAUAUCACAUCUGCCUCUCAGACGCGGGUCAUCGAUGUCUCUCACCAGUAGUGAAUCAUCCAUGUUCAUCGGACAAUCCAAGGAGGGCAUGGACUCUCCCAAACUUGCUUUUGAUCUGGACAUACCCGCCUCAGGCGAGGGUCCCACCAUAGAGGAAAACUCCACCGCCUUGUCAACCGCCGAAGAUGAGAAAGAGGAAAAGAAUGAGCUGAUUGAUCAGAAGGUCAAUGUCUCCAAAGGAUCCAAAAGAAAGAAUAUUUUCCGCAGCUUAAUGAAGAAAUGCAAAUGCAAGGAUAACAGCAAGCGAAGCAAGGGCAAAGGCUAAAUAAAUCAUCUGUUAUCUCUA